GCCAGGGACAGUUACGUCCUCCUCACUUGAGCCUCUGCCACGUAUUUCCAAAGGCACCACGCCACACCACACCGCACCACACCACACCACACCACUGCGCUUGCUUUUCUCUCUCUCUCUCUCUUUCCAAUUCCCAUUCCGCAUUUUGUCUCACUGCAAAAUGAACCCUCACAGCCUCAUGGCUUCUGCAGCCAUAAACAUAGGGUUAGCGUUCGUAAUUCUCUCGCUCUUCUCCGUCCUCAAGAAGCAACCUUCCAACGCUUUCAUCUACUACGCUCGCCCUCUCGCUCGCCGCCUCCACGUCCCUUUCCACUCUCCCUCCUCGCCGCUGCACCGCUUCCUCCCCUCCCUCGCCUGGGUUUCUCGCGCCUUCCGCGUCACCGAAGACCAGAUCCUCGACGCUCAUGGACUCGACGCUCUUGUCAUCAUCAGGCUCUUCAAAUUCGGCCUUAAGUUUUUUGCGGUGUGUUCUCUUGUUGGGUUGGUGGUUCUUCUCCCGAUUAAUUAUGGUUCCCAGGAGGUUCAAAAUGGAAGCUACUUUACAAUGGAUUCUUUUACAAUAUCUAAUGUUAGAAGAGGAUCUAAAAGGCUCUGGGUGCAUUUUGCAUGCUUGUGUUUUAUAUCUUUUUAUGGGAUGUUCCUACUGUACAAGGAAUACAAUGAAAUAUUGAUUCGAAGGAUUCAGCAAAUUCAAAAGUUAAAGGAUAGACCUGAUCAAUUUACUAUCCUAGUUCGUGAAAUUCCAUUAUGCAUGGAACACAAGGUUCACUGUGUUGAUCAUUUCUUCAGUAAACACUAUCCAAACACUUACUAUUGCUAUCAAAUGGUGUACAACACUGAAGAUCUUGAGGAGUCAGUUAACCAAGCAAAGUCCCUUGCAAGAAAAAUAGAGGACUUGAGAGAGAGUUCUAUGGCCAAGAAACGUAAGAACAAGUUGCCACUCUUAGGUUUAUUACAUCAAGAGACUUCAGAAACUGCUUUUCUUGAGGAAAAGCUUGAAGCACUUUGUCACAAGAUUCAUCAGUUACAAUGCAAAGACAUGCUCCAGAGAAAGGAGUUGCCUGUUGCUUUCGUAACAUUCAAGUCUCGUUCGGGUGCUGCAGCAGCAGCUCAUUUGCAACAGCAUUCACAUCCACUUCUUUGGAUCACUGAACUAGCCCCAGAACCAAGGGAUGUUUCAUGGAGGAAUAUGAGAGUAUCCUACAGAGCAGUUCCACUUUAUAAACUAUGUGUUCUCAUUGCAGCAUCACUGCUUACAGUUUUCUUUGCCAUACCAGUUACUGCUGUUCAAGGAAUAGCCAAAUAUGAGAAACUAAAGAAAUGGUUUCCUCCAGCCAUGGCUGUGCAACUGAUACCAGGAUUAAGCUCUGUAGUGACAGGUUACCUUCCGAGUGCUGUACUCAAAGGAUUUAUAUAUAUUGUGCCGUUUACAAUGUUUGCUAUGGCUAAAAUAGCUGGAUGUAUAGCAAGAAGUAAGGAGGAGAUCAAAGCCUGCAACAUGGUUUUCUACUUUCUGGUUGGAAAUGUGUUCUUAUGGAGUGUGUUAUCAGGAUCACUUCUUGAUUUAAUUGGAAACUUUAUUAGUCAUCCCAAAAAUUUUCCAGGUCUUCUUGCCAGAGCAGUCUCUGCCCAAGCAGAUUUCUUUGUGACAUAUAUCUUGACUGAUGGUCUGUCUGGGUUUUCUUUGGAGGUUCUCCAGCCUGGCCUACUAAUUUGGGAUUUUUUUAAGUCUUGUAUUUAUGGCUGUCAACGAGAGAAAACUCCUUACCUUUAUUCAUUGCCUUAUUUUAGAAUAAUCCCUUUAGUCUCUCUCUCAUUUCUAAUUGGCAUUGUAUAUGCAGUAGUGGCGCCAUUGUUGCUCCCAUUUCUAAUCGUUUACUUCUGUUUAGGCUAUGUUGUCUAUGUCAACCAGAUUCAAGAUGUGUAUGAAACUACUUACGAAACAUGUGGACAAUAUUGGCCACACAUUCAUCACUACAUUCUCCUUGCAAUCAUUUUCAUGCAGAUUACCAUGAUUGGUUUAUUUGGGCUGAAGCUAAAACCAGCUGCUUCUAUAUCAACGAUUCCAUUAAUUUUGUUCACAUGGAUGUUUAAUGAGUACUGCAAGAUGCGUUUUCUCCCGUCGUUUCAUCAUUAUUUUAUUAAGGAUGCUGCUGAAAAUGAUGAACUUGAUGAAAAGUAUGGUCUAUUGGAGUUGAAUUGCGAGAAUGCAAUCAAUGCCUAUUGUCCACCAGGUUUACGAUCGGUGAAUUUCAUGGCAUCAGAAUCCAGCACCACACCAUUAGUUUCUUCGUGAUCUUUCAUUUUGCAUUUAUGUUUUAUUUAUUCUCAUUAAAGGAAAGAACAAUUAAGGUAUAAAGAGAAAUGCUAAAGAUUAUGGUCAAUUCAAGGAAUAUCAGGAAAAUGUGUUAGAAUCCAUGCAUUAAAUUUUCCUUAUCAAAUUUUAGCUA